UAAAAGCAGAUUUAUGAAGGCCAGCCUGUGAAGAAGAAGAAGAAGAAGAAGAAGAAGAAGAAGAAGUAGAAAAAGGAGAAGAAGGGGAACUCCAACACUGUGAUUUACCAAGGAAGUCUAAAUUAAUCAUGUGGUUAGCCUUACACCUAGUCAGUGUAAUAAAUUGGAAGAGAAAACAGAAAGUAAGUAAGUUCAGUGAUUUAAGUUACAGAUUCAUUUUACUUGAGUCAGUGGGCCAGGUCAUAUCUCAGGAAAGAAAAUGGAAACACUGAUGGAGCAUCAGUAUGGAUUUGAGUAUAAUGAUUCAUUUAAUUAUCCUUAUUAUGAUGAAGUUCCCUGUAACAACAGAUAUGAGGCUGAAUAUAGACACAUUGCAAUUCCCAUAAUCCUCUGCAUUGUGAUCGUCCUCAGUCUCUUGGGUAACAUCCUGGUUGUUGUGAUCAGUGUAUUCUGUAGGAAUAUUAGAUCACCGACCAACAUCUUCAUCAUCAACUUGGCUCUGUCAGACCUGCUGUUCACCGUCGGACUGCUGGUCACCGUCGGACUGCCGUUCCGGGUCUACUACGAAUAUUCCUGGGGUUGGACUUUUGGAGAUGCAAUGUGUAAAGUUAUCCACUUCACUUUGUCAGCUGGAUUUUACAGCAGCAUGGUGUUCCUGGUGCUGAUGAGCAUUCAACGCUACAUGGCCGUGGUGCACCCUCUCUCACGCUGGAAGAAAGGACGCUACUUCACACUCGUUCUCGUCAUCCUGUGGGUGGUGAGCGUCUUGGGAGCAUUGCCAGGUUCAGUGCACAGCGUACCAAUCUCUGAUUCAGAAAGCCUUCUUUUAUACUGCACGUCCAACAGCAAUACUGUGUUUGUUGCUGUCUCAUAUGAAGAGAGCAUUGUUUUUGUGUGCGCUUUUUUGGUCAUGGCUUUUUGCUACAUCAGGAUUCUGCAAACCAUCUUCAAGUCACCAACAAACCGGAGACACAGAACUACUGGACUCGCCUUCUUUCUGGUAGCUACGUUCUUUAUUUGUUGGGCUCCUUAUAACAUAAUGAAUUUUCUUUACGUCUUAAUUCAUCAUGAGAUCAAGUUUAUCACACAGUGUGAAGACUUACGUCUCCAAUACGCCAGCUACAUCUGCCAACUUUUGGCUUUCACCCGAUGCUGCCUCAAUCCAGUGAUCUAUGGGUUAUUUGGUCUAAAAUUCCAUAAGACAGCGAGAGAGAUUUUUCAAAGGCGAGCUACUUUAAACCUUGCACAAAUGAGGAUGGUAGAUUGCCAUUCUGACAGUUGUGUCAAUUAAAAUAAUUAAGUCCCAGAGCUGGACAUAAAUUAUGAUUUCUUUUCAAAUAAAUAAUGUCCUUUAAUUUCACUUGCUCUUAAGAUUUGACUUCACCUACACAGCGGAGUCUUUUUCGCUCUUCUAUUAUUUUUAUUUUUUGCACUCGGCCUUCCAGCUCUACAGUAUUUGGAUUUUUAUUGAAGAUAUUGUCGUUGCAUUACUUCGCCUAGAUUUUGUGGAGUUACUGCUCUUAAAUUUACUUCUGUAUUAAUGUGCUUCUCUGUGUUGAUGCUCUGACCGGGUUAGAGUUUCUGUUUAUUUAAUUGUAUUAGUGUUAUCUCCUCGGCUUUACGUGCUACACUGUUAUAUUAUUUGUUACAAGUGUUUAAAGGGUAAGGACAUUAUAUUUAUUAUUGUGUGCAGACUGUUUUUCAGUCUUGGUAAUUUUGUUGGUUAGUUCAGCUUACUCUCCGAGUUGUUUUCACAUUGUGGACAACGUUCGGUUUCUGUAGGAUACACUGCUGUCUCAUUCGUUUAUGGAGACUUCGGGUGUGUGGGAGUUUGGAGGAUUGUGAGAGUAAGCAGAACAUGCCAAUGCUUUGAAGGAUGUAAUGUUAUUUAAUUGCGAAUCUGUUUUUAGAGGAUUUAAACCUAACAUGGUGAACAAAUUAUAUUAUAGAAUUCAGGCAAUUUUACUGGGGUUAUCUCAUACAGUGUAGCAAGUAAUAACCUGGAAAGACUUUUGUAAUAUCACAGUCUAAAACUGGAUUUAAAGAGAAGCAAAUUAGUAAAUGAAUCACAUGUAAAUGAAUCAUACGUAAUUGAAUCACAUGAAAAUGUAUCACUUGAAUAUGAAUCACAUGAAAAUGAAUCUCAUGAAAAUGAAUCACAUGUAACUGAAUCAUACGUAAUUGAAUCACAUGAAAAUGUAUCACUUGAAUAUGAAUCUCAUGAAUAUGAAUCUCAUGAAAAUGAAUCACAUGGAAAUGAAUCAUACGUAAAUGAAUCACAUCUAAAUGAAUCACAUGUAAAUGAACCAUAUGAAAAUGAAUAAAUAAAUUAGACUAAAUAAAUAAAUAAAUAAAUAAGUUACUUUACAUUGGUAAGUCACUGUACGUUAUUAUAUGGUACUAUAUGUUAGUAUAUACAUUACUGUACAUUAAAAUGUUAUUACACAAAAAAAAAGAUUUGACUUCAGAUAUGCCAACAUUGCUAAAAUAGAAAUGAGAAAAUAAAACUCACCAUUUUAUUUGACUACAAACCCCUAAAAUAUGUUUGUGGAUAUGAAAAAUAACAACUUAAUAAUAACCAGCUCUGUGCAUAUAUUUAUAAUUCUAAUAAUGACCACAGACCUGCCUGCUUGUUUCCUAUUGGCUCAAGACAGAUGAUUGUGACUUAACAGGCCAAAGUCUACACAAACAAGUUAAGAUAACUCCUGAAGUUUAAGUUGAUUAAAAAUCUGUGUGUAGCUUCACAGAUUUUGUUGUUGUUGUUCAUGCUGUAUACAUUUAUUCUCUAACUUUCUUUUUUAUAUCAAAAUCAUGGGCUCUAACUACUCUUCAUCAGCAGCAUUUUGUUUGUUUGUUUGUUUGUUUGUUACAUUUACAUUACAUUUUUACAUUAACAUUAGACAAAUUGUGAGUUACUCUUGGACUCUUACUCUAAAUUUGACUCUAUAUACUCUAAAUAUCUGAUUGAAGUUAUGUCUAGAUUUAAUAUGUUGCAUAUGCUUUAAUUGAGAGGUUUCUUUGUUAAGCUAUAAUUUAUAUCAUGAUAUAUAAAAAAUUAUCCGGGUGUAACUGUAACUAUUGCAUUAUAACUUUUACCAAAAAAAUGAAUAAAAAGUUUAAAGAAAAAUAUGUUUGUUAUUGGUCACUGCCAGGGGCUUGCACUCUUGGUUAGAAAUAGAAACGUACCAGACAAUAAUACAGCAAUAACGUUAUGUUAAACAAAUUAUGGUAACGUCGAGCAAAUUGUGGUAGCUACAUAAA